CUUGAUUUUUUCAUUGUGUAGGAGCAAAAUAUUAAAACCACUAUACUCUCUCUCUCUCUCUCUAAGUCAGGACCAUUUAGAAAGUUUGUUUAUAAUUUGAUAACAAACUUGGUAGGCUUCUUCUUGGUAACUAUACUUCUUCUGUUUUGUAUGGACAUGAAAGGAUAUUAUUCAGUUUCUUGGACAAAAAAAUAUAUGAAAGACUCAUUUUUUUCAGCUCAAACCACAAAAAGACAACACCAAUGCAAACAAGAAAAUCAUGUUGUUGUCUCAGAACCAACAACAACUUCACUGAAUCAUUCCCUCAAUUUGGCUGCUUCUUCCCAAAACACUCUACCACCUAUGCUACUACAUCUCUUUGUUACUUUGCUCUUGUUUCUUACCUCAAUUAGUCCAAUUUUGUCACACACUAUUGUCUCAGAUUCACACUCUCAUCCCAAUGCUAACCAAACUUUUAGACCAAGUGUUGCAUUGCAUAAAUUGAAGAGAAUCAGAACUCACUUGAAGAAGAUUAACAAGCCUGCCAUCAAAACAAUUAAGAGUCCAGAUGGCGAUUUAAUAGAUUGUAUUAUAACUCAUCACCAACCAGCUUUUGACCAUCCUCAACUACAAGGACAAAAACCAUUGGAUCCACCAGAAAGACCAAAAGGAUAUCACAACAACAAUGGAGAAAAUGUAACUCAUAAUUUUCAGCUUUGGACUGAUUCUGGUGAAAUAUGUCCUGAAGGAACUAUUCCAAUAAGAAGAACUACAGAGCAAGAUUUUCUAAGAGCAAGUUCUAUUAGAAGAUUUGGAAGAAAACCAAGAGGUGUACGAAGAGAUUCAACAGGCACUGGUCAUGAGCAUGCAGUUGUAUUUGUAAAUGGAGAACAAUACUAUGGAGCAAAAGCAAGCAUAAAUGUGUGGACCCCAAGAGUAACAGAUCAAUAUGAAUUCAGCUUGUCACAAAUAUGGGUUAUUGCUGGUUCUUUUGGUAAUGAUCUUAAUACAAUUGAAGCUGGAUGGCAGGUAAGCCCUGAGUUAUAUGGAGACAAUUAUCCCAGAUUCUUCACUUAUUGGACAACGGAUGCAUAUCAAGCAACUGGAUGCUACAAUUUACUAUGUUCAGGAUUUAUCCAAACAAAUAACAGGAUAGCAAUAGGGGCUGCAAUUUCCCCAAGAUCCACCUAUAAUGAAAGACAAUUUGAUAUUGGAUUAAUGGUUUGGAAAGAUCCAAAGCAUGGACAUUGGUGGCUAGAAUUUGGAUCAGGGCUUCUAGUUGGAUAUUGGCCAGCAAAUUUGUUUAGUCAUUUGAGAAGUCAUGCAAGCAUGGUACAAUUUGGUGGAGAAAUUGUGAAUUCACGUUCAAGGGGAUAUCACACUGGCACUCAAAUGGGAAGUGGUCAUUUUUCAGGAGAAGGUUUUAGAAAAGCAGCUUAUUUUAGAAACUUACAAGUUGUUGAUUGGGAUAAUAACUUACUUCCUUUAUCUAAUAUUCACCAAUUGGCUGACCAUUCAAAUUGCUAUGAUAUAAAGGAGGGAAGAAAUAAUGUUUGGGGAACUUACUUUUAUUAUGGAGGUCCUGGAAGGAAUGUUAGAUGUCCAUGAACAAAUUGUUGCUACUAAAAUUAUACUCUUCUCUUCUUUAUUAUAAAUAUAUAUUCUUUUUUUACUCUCCCAAUUUUUUUUUUUUUUUUGGGAAUUUUGGUUUUAUUACAAGCUUUACUUUUGUGUUUGGCUGUAUUUGUUAAUUUUGCCAUAGUUUUGUUUUUUUGCUAACAUGUUAGAGACAUUUUGUUAUUAGAUAUGAUGUGUAUCUAUGAACAACAUAUUGUCUAUUUAUAACAUUGAAUAGGGGGUGAUGUGUUUUUUU